AAUAAAACCUAUGUAAUGAUUAUUAUUUUACAAUUAAAAAAAAUCAUCAACAAAAUAAAAAUAAAAAAAAAAGAUGAUGAAAAUCAUAUAUAUAAAAAAAAAAUAUAAAUAAUUUUAAAUAAUCUAAAAAUAAAUAUAAAUAUUAAUAAAUAAUUUUAAUCAUGGUAUUUAAACAAUUUUAUUUUUUUAUAAUAUUAUUUUAUUUGUUAAUAUUAAUUUGUACAACAAACACAUUAAAUAAUAAUUUUAAAAAUUAUAAUAAUAUUAAAGAAAAAAAUAACAAAAAAAAUUUUAAUAAUAAUAAUAAUAAUAAUAAUAAUAAUAAUAAUAAUAAUAAUAAUAAUAAUAAUAAUAAUAAUAAUAAUUAUAAUAAUUAUAAUAAUUAUAAUAAUAAAAAUAAUUUUAAUAGUAAUAUAUAUAAUGAAAAAGAAAUUAACGAAUAUUUAAAGGAUAAUAUAAAUAAUUUUAAAAAUAAAAAAUUUUUUCAAGAUUUUCAUAAUAAUAAUAAUUUUAAUAAUAAAAAAGAAAAAAAAAAAAAUUACAAAAUCAAUAUCGAAAAUAAUGAAAUCGAAAAUAAAAAAGCUGAAAAAGAAUUUAAAGAAUUAAUGGAAAAAUAUAAAAAUAAAAAUAAAGAAGAAAUUUAUUAUAAUGGUGAAAUAUUUAUAAAAAAACUACAAAAAUAUAUAAAAAAAAUAAAUAAUAAAAAUGAUAAUAAUAUUAAUAAUAGUAAUAAAGAAAUAUUAACAAGUACUAAUGGGCCAUCUUUAAGAAGUUUAAUAAACACAUUAACAAAUAGCUAUGAUACACAAAUAAGGUUUUUACCAUUUGCUCCAAGAGAUUUUAUAAAUCCGCAUAAUCCUACAAAUGUUAAGAGUAGAGCAUUAGGAAUUGACGAUAGACAACUCAUUACCGAUAAUGUAUUCUCCGGCUAUAGCGGUAUAUUAGGUUUUACUCCAACUCCUUAUGCAACAGAUAGUCCCCAAUUAUUUGAAUCCAGUGAAAUUGUUAACCCUGUUAAUAAUUUCGGUCUAGCUUCAUUUCAAUCACUAUAUGAUAUUAUAUUUCAACAGAACAAUUAUUUCAGAAGCUCAAUAGAAUUAAGCAUAAAUUUUCUUUUAAAUGAAGUUUUCUUUCAAGAACUUUUUAAUCAAAAUAAUAGAAUAGAAGAUCAAGUUGAAAAAAUGAAACAAGUAUUCACAGAAAUAGAAGAAAGAUCAACAGGAAUCAGAUUUUAUUUUAUUUCAGUAAAUGGAACAGAUAACGAAGAUUGUGGAACAGAUUAUUUAGCUCCAUGUAGUGAUGUCAAUUAUGUAUUGUCCAAAGCCUACCCAUUCAGAAGGGGACGUGAUAUUAUCAUUUUCUUUUUUCCAGGCACUCACUAUAUCAAAACAACAAUAAGUAUCAAAGGAUGGACCAAAGUUCAAUUUGUUGGUUUGUUUGGAAGUAAUUCAACAACCAUUACAAUGCCGGUUACAACUGAAGAAAAUAAAAGAAUAUUUUUCUUUAAUAAUACACAUGUUCAUAUAAUUGGUUUAACAUUUGGAGAUACAUACAGCAAAGAGAAUCAAUAUGUUGGAAUUUUUGACACAAAUGAUUUUAAUACUGGAACAAUUAUGGAUGCUCGGUUAUCAAUUUUAACUGUUUUACUAUGCACCUUUAGAAACAAUUCAAACAAAGACUCACUAGGUACUUUAUUUGCAUUCUCAAGUAAUAUUACUAUAUCCAAUAGCUUAUUUGAAAACAAUGUUGCAGGAAUUGGCUCUUGUUUAUUUUGCUGCGCUUACUCAACUUGCAUAGUCAGUAACUCUACAAUUCGUUCAAAUAUAGCCUCAAGCUUUGUAGGAGGUGGAGUGGUUUCCUCACUAUCAACAACUUAUAUAGAUAUGUGUGAAUUUAUCAGUAAUAGAGCAACAUUGGGUUCUGGUAUUGUUGUGGACGGUGGAUAUGUAAUUAUAAAUACAACCACGUUUACUAACAAUGUAGGUUUAGCAGGAACAUCUAUUCAAAUAUUACCAAAUACUAUUUCAUAUAUUAGGAAUUGUCUUUUUUACUACAAUCUGGCUGUUUAUUCAGGUGCUUCUAUUUUUAUUGGUAGUGAUAGUAUUGUAAUAGUGUCUCUCUGUAUAUUUACAUCAAACUUUUCUCCUGGUGCUUCAAGCAUAGAAUCUUACUCGGAAAAACUUGUAAUGGUGGAAGAAAGUGUUUUUUUGGGUGUUAAUCCACCUAUUAUUAAUUCAACAUGUCAAAUUUCAAUUUCAAGUCCAUCUGCAUUUGUAUUUAUUAGAGAAUCAGUAUUUAGCAAUCAUACUUCAGUUUUAUUUUCUUUAGCUCAUCCUUCAAUUUUAUACUGUUUAUUUACAAAGUUUACUUAUAAUGCAAAUAGAAUAGUAAACUCUUUUAAUAAUGGAUUGGUUGUAUUUGGAUCAUGUCGCUUUUAUAAAAAUAGAAAUCAAAAAUCCGAUGGUAUAUUUAGAUUAAAUAACUUAUCAAAUGCAAUUUUUUAUGAUUUACAAGUUUAUGAUAAUACAAUUUCAUCAUUAUUUGAAAGUUGGUUCAACUCUACGGUAUUUUUAUUUACAUCAAAUAUAACAGGAAAUACAUUCAGAUCCGGUUGUUUUCAAGUUGCAUUUUCAACAGAUAUCUAUGUAGACAAUGUUAUUUUCUCAAAUAACACUUGCUUUAAUGGUUGUCUAAUACAGUCAGAUCAAACAGGUGGUAUAUCAGUUACAAAUACAUUGCUAUAUAAUAACACUGCAGAUUAUGGAAAUUUAGCAACUUUUAGAGACCUAUCUUACUCACAAGCCGAAUGUAAACCAUAUUUAUUUCAAAAUAAUACAUUUGUCAAAAAUCACGCAAAUAUAGCAGGUGCAAUAGUUUACUAUGUGAACGAAGUAGUUUGCGAUUACAACUGCAGUGCCUGUAUUCUAUAUAAUAACACUGCCGAUUUUGGAAGCAAUAUAAACUCUGGUUUUGACACCUUCUCUGCAACGUUGCCCAAUACAAUCCCACCAUCAAUCAUUCGUCCAAUUAUUAUACAAACAUAUGACCACUUUGACCAACCAUAUUUAGGAAGGAGCGAUAUUUCUUUUCAACUUUCGAUUUGUGAACAAAUGAGUCUAACUGGUGUAGUUUCAACAAGCUCAAAUAACAAAGGUAUUAGUGUUUUUUAUAAUGUUAGAAUUAGUGGUGCCCCAGGAACACACUGUAACUUAACAGUUUCUGCCUUUACAACUAAUUUUAAAGCUAUCAGAAGAGACUAUCCAAUAACAGUAGUAAAUUGUAUUAAAGGCCAAGAACCAUAUAACAUUGGAGGUCCAAACUCGUAUUAUUGCUUAACUGAUGUCGGGAAAACCCAUUUUUCGAAAAUUGUUAUUGGCAUUGCAGCAGGUAUAGUCUCACUACUUGUAUUAUCCAGCGCCAUAAUGACAUUUAUUUUUAGAAAAAAAGGUAUCAUACGUUACUCAAAUCCUCUAUUUCUUUUAAUAAUUAUCAUUGGUUGUGUUUUUGGUUUAAUAUCAGUUUUUAUAUCAUUCCAAACAUCUUCUCCGACAUGUACAGUUAGAAUGGUUUUAAUUCCUUUGUUUAUAUUUACAAUAACUAGUGCAGUUUUUAUAAAGCAAUAUCGUGUUUUUCAAUUAAUUCGUGGUGUUGAAGAACUUCAGGAUCUAUCAAUAGAAAAUAGCUUUCUUUUAAAAGUAGAAAGUGCAAUUUUAAUAUUUCCAGUAAUAUUAAUUAUAGUAUCAGGUUUUGCAACUACAAUGCAUAAAGUGUACACAUAUGACCUAAAUAGGGAAACAAUUCAAUCAUAUUGUUAUUCAAAAAACUAUUAUAUAAUUUUUAUAUUUUUAGCACUUUACGAAUUUUCAAUAUUAUUACUUGGUUGUUUUUUAGUAAUCAAAUGUAGAAAAUAUAGAUCAUUUCCGGGUACGUUUAAUGAAUUUUUUUAUAUUGGUAUUUUAAUUUAUAUUUUAACCCUUAUAUUAAUAAUUACAAUUCCAAUUGGUUUUGCAUUAAAUUAUAGUUCUUUAACCGAUUUUUUGGUAUAUAAUAUUCCAAUAUUAGUUUUUAUUGUGGCAAUUAUAGGUUUAUUAUUUGUACCAAAAUUUUAUUUUUUAUUUAGAACGAGACAAGUUAUCGAUAAUUUAAGAAAAUUAAUAGAAACACAGGAAGAAAUUUUAAAAAAAAACAAACAAGUUUUAUUUACAUAUGGAAUGUAUUUGGAUGACAAUAGAAAUGAUAUUAUAGCAUUACAUGAAUCUUUUUCAGAUAUUUUAACUUCAAAUAGUAAUGAUGACAAUACAAGUGAUAUAAUAAGUGAUGAUUUUACAUUUGCCUCUCCAAUACAAAAUAUUAAUAAUAAUAAUAAUAAUAAUAAUAAUAAUAAUAAUAAUAAUAAUAAUAAUAAUAAUAUAGAUAAUAAUAUAGAUAAUUUUGAUAAUUUACCAAUACCAAUAAAUAGAAAUAAUAAUAAUUCAAGUAACGAUAGUAGUAGUGAUUUUUCAUUUAGUUCAAAUAGUAACAGUAAUAAGAAAAAAAAAAAAAGAAAAAAUUCUUUAAGAACUCCAAUAAUUAGUAACAGAAUAAUAUCACCAAAUUCUUUAAAUGGAAUUAAAAAAAGAUCAAAGUCUAACCAAAACUCUCCAAACUUUGAUUAA